AUGGCUCAGUGGUAUCGCUGCUAUCAGGCGGUCCGUAGCGGACGCGUAGAGAGGAGCGGAGAAAAUGAGCAGAGUGCACAGAGAUACAGCAAACUCCCCGUCGACCGCAAGAGUCCUCAGUGGCUGCUCCACCUGAUGGACUGCACAACGCCGCCCCCUGCCGCCCAAACACGGCUAAGCCAAACAGGGAUUGACCCGUCAUGUUUACGUAAGAUUUGGAGAGCCAUAGUGGAAAUUCAGGUGGCUUUGAGGGUGAACUGUGAUGGAGAGAGUGUGCUGAUGGUAACGGAUGCCUCUGGUUUUCUGCUGGGUUUCGAUGUCCUCCCGCGAGGUUGGGCCAACUCUUUGGAAUUGGGAGAGGUUGCCGGAGGUGACAGUGAGGGUGCUGUGUCUAUCACACUAAGAAUGCUGGGAUUGCUGCGUCACUCAAUGGAGACCCCAAUGUGCGGUGGGUCACCACGACAACCAGAAAUGUUGCGGGUCAGCAACAAGAAACUACACAGGUUGUUGGGUCGGAGUGAAAGAACUCUUUCAGUUCUAAAUGUGAACCUUGCACCUGAGGCUCUAGGUGGUUGGGGUCCAACAGAGAUGGACCAAGAAACAGGGGCCCCAAAAACCAUCCCCUUCAGCCUGCGCUGGCCCCCGCUACGCCAGUGCCACAUGUGUAAGAAAUACUCUUUCCCAUGUCAGCUCAAACCAUGCCCCCAGUGCAAAGCUGUGUUGUAUUGUUCAGACCAGUGUUCCCAGUCAGAUCUUAGCCGGUGUCCGGAGGACUCCAGUCACCACUACUGGUGUGAGAAACUGGCUCUCUUUAUGAGUCACGAGCCCCAGCUGGCUGCCCUGCCUUUUUCCUAUGCCAAAGACUCAACAGCUGUGGACUUUGACAUGGAGCAUUUUCUGGAGAAGAAUAAGUUGGACAGUGGUUACUGGCGGCACUGGAGUUUGCUCGUCUGGUCUCCACGUUUUGAGCUUCACCAUGGAAUGGAACAUCCCAGAGAUCCAGUUCCCCUCUGGCUGUCUGGUCACAUGGAGCCAUAUGGCUCAUUGAAAGAGGAAGCGGAUAUAUUGCUCGUUCGCAUUCCACACAACUCCCCAAGCCUCAGUCACCCAUUAGUGUCUUGGUCUCAGUACUGUAGCUGGAGAGGUCUCAGCCUGUCGUCUCCCAUCGCUCCCCUACUCAGCUCUCCUCUGUCAGUCUACUAUAUCAUCACCUCUCUGGUGCCUCGUGACUUCCCAGAGCUGAAUGUUCUGAAGAAACAGUCUUUGAAGAUCCACAUCAUUGAGUCCUACAGGGAAUUCCACUCUCUAAUGGUCUUCUGGGAGCUAUCUGUGCUGCUGCCCCAUGUUACCUUUGAGCUCUUGUUCUCUGGAGACAGAUUUCCCCCAGAGAGCGACGGACAGCAGCUCCUUCUGCAGAGGAAGAAUGGCCAGCUGACCUUGGUGACCCCUGACUUGACCUCAGAGGAGAGGGUAAACAGGAGAAGCAUUCGGAUCAGAGUGCACAGCAAGCCCUAUCACAUGCUUCAAGGCCCCAAACCAGACUUAGUGAUCGGAUUCAGACCAGCGUUCCCUCUUCAUGACUCCUGGCUCAGUACACUGCCUCGACUGCAGUCUCUCAGGGUCCCUGCCUACUUCUGUGAGCCCAGUGAACUUAGCUGUGUGUCCAGCCUGCAGGUCAUGAACUCUGCCACAGGGGGCGCUCUCACCCCUCCUCACAUGAACCCUUUCCGCUGCCCCCUGCGUAUCUGCGGAGGGGACAACCUCCUGCCCUGGUUCUCUAAUGCCUUCAUCUUUCACCUCAUCUACAAAUCUCUGGUGCCCUGCCCACAGCGCUUCUCAGUGACCAGUCUCCAAUCCUGUGGGCAGGCUGACCAACAGCAGCCAGCAACUGUGAGAGGGAGCUGCACAGUGCCAGGACCUGCCCCAGGCAAAAGCCAAGCCCAACCGGAAGGAGAGGAAGCAGGCCUGCCCGGCACACACCUCGUAAACGCAAAUAGACAUGUAACCACACAUGUAUUUAAAGAGGAACUGAACAAUCCGUCGCACCGGCGCAUGACCUUGUCCUGA